CAAAACACACACCAAUCAAACAUCUUCCUAAACAAAAUCACACGAAGAAUCAGUUGCGUACGAAAGAUGAAGCCUGUUACAUUUCUCGUGGCUCUGACUACCGUCGCAGUCAUUCUCUCCACCGUCAGUGCUAAUCCCUACGGUGGGUGGCAGCCGAUAGAGAACAUACACAACUAUCGCAUCCAGGAGAUUGCAAAGUUUGCGGUAGCAAUGCACAACUUGGAAAACAAUUUCAAACAUCCGUUGAGACUCGUAAGCAUUCGGAGGGGCCUUGUCCAGGUGGUGGACGGCAUGAACUAUAAGCUCGAUGUGAUGGCAGCUGAAGGCAACAGGCUCGACUCCAAGGGGAGUAUGUACCGAACGGAAGUUCACGUGAGGCUUGGUGCGAUGGAGCUCAUUUUUUUCACACGUAUAGUUAAAGGGUUAAAUUAAGAUCCUGCAUGAAAAAUAAUUUAGCAGUCCUUGUUUUAGUUUUUAAGUUUUUCAUUGUUUGAUUAAUAAUUAGGAAUAACGUAAACUUUUGUUGGUUAUCUAGUAACGUGUUAUUAGUUGAUUAUGUCCUUUUUGUCAAAAGUGUGAUUGUGCCCUUAAUUAAUUGCUAGUGUCUAAUUUUUAUCUCUACACAUCGAUACGCUAGAUAUCGUUCUACUGCACCAAAUCUCGUGAACAACUGAAGCCAAAACCAACAAAUAUUCAUUGAGUAAGACUAUUUUAAUGUGUCAAAUUAAUUACUGCAUCAUGCCAUAGGCUAGAAUUUGAGGACCUUCGAGAAUAAUGAAUGUUCCUGGGA